AAAUGACCCACCACAGUGAGAAUCAUCGAUGUGAUUCUGAGGUCGUUGUUGUUGAAUCUUCAUCUUCUUCCGUUAUAAGAACGUUGGGUGGUUGUAGUGGUAAUGAAAAUUGUACAAAGGCUUCUGAAUGUUGUAAAUCUUCUUCAACAACUUCAAAUGGAACAGAGGGAUUGGAAAAUAACGUCUUUUCAGAUGAAUCACCUGUACUUCAAUUGAAAGUAAAUCAUCAUCACCAAGAAAACAAAUCAAAUAGUUUUGAUAGUAAUAGUAGUAAUACAUCAAGUAGUGCACCAACUCCUUCACCAAAAACUGUGAUUCAACACUUUUUACAUGAUAGAACAAUGCCAAUUACUAUUGAUUUUCCUCAAUUUACAAUUCCUUCAUUGAACGAAUUGUUUGUCACUAGACACGGAGAGAAAACUUCUCAACUCAUUAAAUAUGGUACUGGUACAUUUACUUCUCCUCCUUCACCUUCAUCAACACCUAGUACUCCAGUCGAUGCUAAUGGAGAUUAUGAAGCAGAUCCACCAUUGACUGAUAGAGGAUUCUUUUGUGCAUCAAUGUUGGGACAAAAUUUAUACAAUGAAUAUAUUUUGAAAAAAUUAGAACAGUCAAUUGACCUUCCUAGCAAUGAUGAACAAGUUAGAAAAACCUUUCAACUCUACACUUCACCAUUUCACAGAUGUUUACAAACAACUGAAACCUUAUUGAAAGCUGUUUUAGAAGAAGCUGAAAAGGAUGGUUACAAGUUAAAUGUUCAAGUUUUUAUUGAUUUUGGAUUGAUGGAAUUUUAUGGAUUGAAGAGAUUGUGGUCUUUUGAUAUGAUGCCUCCUAAUAUUGAAACUAUUAGAAAGGAGUUCCCACUUUUGGCAGAGUAUAUUGUAGAACAAUAUGAUAGUAGUGAAUUAGAUUUGGAAUCUGAAUAUUUUGCUUUGAAUCCAACUAAUUACCUCAAGUAUUUCACCCAAUUGAAACAACACGAGUUAAUGUAUGAUCUUAUUAGAAGAGUGAGAGGAACAUUUGUGAAUAUUCAAAAUAAUGUGAGUCAACUCAAACAAUCUCUCAAUACAACGCAAGAUCCAACAGUUCUGAUAAUUACUCAUGCUGCUACCAUGAUUAGAGUUGUCGAGGAAAUUAUUGGAAUUUAUCACAGACUUCCAUUAACCGAGAGAAUUAAUGUCAAGGCAAGCAUUUGUGGAUUAUCACACAUAACGAGAAGUGCUCCUGACGAAUCAAACAAAUCCGAGCAUCACCACAAUUCUCAUCAUCAAAAUCAUUCGAAACUUCAUCCAUGGAAACUCGUCACUAACAAUGACAUUUCAUUCAUGGAAAAGGUUGAAUCAAUCAAUUGUACAAGACCUCCUUUCUAUUAUCAAAUCGAUUCUUCGCAUUAUAUUCAUAGAAAAUAAUCUCAUUCACAACAACUAUUACACAUCAAUUCACACACUUUACAACUAGACAACAAUUUGUGUACAGAAACAAUUCAAACUCUAGGAAUAAUUUAAUAAAGACUUUAUUGCCUUUUUUC